UUGAGACUUGAUCUUCUGAUCUCUAUACUCUCCACCAUUUUCUAUUGCAUAAAAAAAAAAAAUUCUUCAAGGGCAUUACCCUUAUUUUGUUUUUCAAUUUUUUGAGUGCUUGCAUAGCAUCUAGCUCAAUGUCUUCACGUGGGUCAGGUUCAUGGACUGUGAAGCAGAAUAAGGACUUUGAAGAGGCUUUGGCUGUGUUUGACAAAGACACCCCUGACCGCUGGCGCAAUGUUGCAAAGGCUGUCGGUGGGAAGACCGCAGAGGAAGUGAAGAGGCAUUAUGAAAUCCUAGUGGGGGAUGUGAAACUCAUUGAGAGCGGUCGGGUUCCUUUCCCCAAUUAUAGGACCACUAAUGGGGCAUGAUCAAGGACGAAAGGCCUCAAGCACCAGGAAAUUAAGCAUGCACAGUGGCCACAAUAAAGAGGAACAACUAUAAUUGUGUUCCAUGCAAUAAAUAUGCAAUUAUUGUAUAUCAGAAUCAGUAAAAUGAUUCCUUCUUGUACCAAAUCUGUUAGAACUGAGCAGAAAGCCUCUAUCUUUUAGGCUUUCCUCGCCUUUAUAUUUAAUCUUCUUUUCCCUGUACUCUGCGCAAUUUUGCUGUAAUGAGUCAUCUAAUGAAAUAUGUAUUUAUUGUA